AUCUCAUCUUUAACAUUGCGAAUAAUGUGCUGACAAAUGCGUAAUUUGUUUAAAUUAAGUCAUUAUGCUAACAAAGUUUACUUCUUAUCAUGCUAAUAAACAAACAUGCCCAAUAUUCCACAUUAAAAUAACCCAGUUUGUUCAUUAAAAUUUAAAAUAUUACUGAAAAUGUCAUCCGACGAUAUUUUGCAACCUUUAAUUCUGGAAAAUUGGCAUUUACUCGCAGAGUCGUUGAAGAAAAAUUGGCCUUCUAAUGUACAAUACUACUAUUUUAUUCAAACAGUCAGAAAGUGGAAGCUAAAAGAUGCGAGUAUACCCAUCACGAUUUAUUGUCCGAAUAGUGAUUACAAAUCUGGAAUUUUCAUUGCAUUAUCAACAGUUACCUAUUACUGUCUGGUAAUUUUUGCACCCGAAGAGUUUGAAGAUCUUCUAUUCAGAGCCGUAACAGAAACUAAAUUUAUAAAUUGGAAUAAAGACGUUUGCUUUGCAGCAGUGCAAUCGCGACUCAUUCCGAUCACUUAUUAUAUUGUUGAGUAUUUAAAGGCGAAUAAAGGGGUGGAAAUAAAAUGGAAUGAGUCGGGUAAAUGUUUAUUUAAACCCAAAGAAGAGUGCAUAGUUUUUGAAGAAAGAAUACCAGAAGACUGUUACCUUAAAGAACUUGACGAAACUCAUGUGCCUCUUAUACAUUCUGUAUGGCCCCUUCGAUCCACAUUCGAUGAGAAACUAACAUAUCAACAUGUAUUGAAAAUGAUUCAGUUCAAUAAAGGAUUGGGAUUAUUUUCCAAAAGUACAAAUCAACUUCUAUCUUGGGCUUCACAGUCAGAAUUUGGAGCCAUCAGUUUCGUUCAAACAGUCGAGUCUUGCAGACGAAGAGGAUAUGCAAAAAUUGUCGCGAACUCUUUGGCUAAUAAACUCGCAAUCGAAGGAACAGAUUCAUUUGUAUUCAUUAAUGAUCAAAACCACAACUCUGAAAUUAUGUUCAAGUCGUGGAAUUUUAAACACGUUCAAGGAUAUUCCUGGAUGGGAAUGCAUAAGAAGGAACUUUAAAAAUCCGUUCAUUUUUGGUACCUUAAGG